AGAAUUUUUUGGAGGAUGUGGUGCGAACAGGUACGGAGAUUAUUGGCGCGUAAGAUGGAUGGUAGCUCAUUAUCCGAAACGACGGCAGCAAGCUCGUCGAGCACUAGCACACUGUAUUUACUAUCGUCUGAGAUCGAAGUCAAGAAUAAUCGCGACGCAAAGAAACCGGUAUUCAGAAUAUGGACUCGUUAUGGAGGCGCUGGCGAUUUCAUUGCUCCGACAUGGACAGACAAGGACUUGUAUCUCGGAUCAUCUUUUAACGAGUUGAUAAAUGGUCAUUACACGCCUGUUCCGGUGAGAUUCGCCGGAGCCAGCUUGCAGGAUGUUAUGUACGAGCUAGGGGAUCGUACGCCAUAUUACGUUACCUGCAAGAAAUCGUGUCAAAGUUGGCCAUGUCAGAUAAAGUUUGGCGGUCAAGCAAAAUCGCAACGUUCCGGAGGACUAUGCAAUGUCAUUUUCGCAAGAAAUCGCAGCGCUCAUCGUCACGAUUGCACCGCAAGUUGCAAAAAUCAAAGUAUACUCUCCGAGGAAGAGUUUAUAGAACACGUAGAAAAAAAAUACGAAAAACAGCAACAGCAUCGAAAAGGAUCUUUAACUUCGAAAGUAUCGCGUUUCGGCCUUGGUAUACCGGAGAAAUGCAAUUCCGAAUUGAUUCUGGGUCCUUACCGCGAUGAUUCCAGUUACGUCGACGUGUCUAAGCUCCCGCAUCGCUUCGUCGAUCCUCGCAAAUUAAUCGAAAGCGGCGUGACGAUCUGGGAGGAUCACAGAUCCUUUAAAAGUCAGAAGCAUCCGCGAAGAUACGCCUUUUCUUCAGCAGCGCAUUUCUUUCAUGCGCUGGGACCGUGGUCGGUUCAACCUGGCGAACGUGAAUCCGUGCAAACUCUCAGAUCGCCGAGCGCGGUCAACAUCCGCAAACAACCGUCGGACCCGGAACUGAAACUUCCGGUCUCGCGUCGUCAGUUGACAACUAGCGUUUCUUGCGCCGCCUUAACUUCCGGCGGUUCCAGUACUGUCACUAGAGGACGAGUGAUACUCUUCUGGACACCGGAAUAUUGGUAUAGACCUCAAGCAGCUACGGCUGCUUACAGAGAGCUAAGACAUCACCUGGCAUCUCUUCGAGAUUUUCGUUGUGGAAAAGAGAAGCAGGCGAAAAGGAAGCUCUUUUGCAGACGAAAAAAUCAAGUAUCAGGCAAUUCUGAGAGUGGCAAUUCCGGAACCACAAUUACGGGGAAGCAGUCCAGCAGUCUAUUGGAACGCGUGCUUUUCAUCAAUGGUGCGCGUAAACAGAACAAAAAGCUGAUUGAAACUGGAGAAGUCGAUAAAGGCACGGCGCAAUUGCGAAGAUUGUUAAAGAUGAAUUUUCGUAUCACCGUAUGGGAUUUGAACAGUACAAUUUUAGCCACGCAAUUGACAAUGAUCGAUCGCGAUCUCUUCGUUCGCAUUCCCGCAACCGAGAUCGAGAUACUGAUCCAUCAAAGAUCCUCGCGAAACGCGCCGAAUGUAGGUGCAUGGAUCGCCUUCAGCCACCGGAUUGCCUGUUUGACCGUCAGUGAAAUCCUGGCGAUCAAGCAGCUCGACAUGAGAACCAGAAUCAUGGCGAGAUUCAUCAAUGCAGCUGACAAGUGUUUCGCGCUCGGCAAUUUUCAGUCCUGCCGAUCUAUCCUGGCGGGUCUGCAGGCUCCGCCAAUUUACAGGCUUCGGAGAAGUUGGUCUUACUUAAGAACUCAUCACGCCAACAGAUACGAAACGAUGGAGAAGCUCUCCAAGAUUUAUAGGAAUCCGCGCUGUUCAAAGUAUCAAAGAGUUUGGAUUGCAGCAGAACGCAGUCCGCCUUGCAUGCCAUAUGUCGGCCACUUUCUGAUCAAAGUUCUGGGAUUAAAUGGUUUGAGGGAAAUUCAAGCAAAUUUUGUACCAUCUUCUACAAAAAAACAAUCAAGCACUCAAAUCGGGACUUUAGAAUCUAUUCAUAAUAAUUUCAAUAAUAUUAGCUCAGGAGAUGGACAGAAGAUAAUACGAUCCGAGCGAGAUGGAUUUUCGCGUUUAGCCAGACGCAUUUUCGCGGCAACGUUAGCCAGGAUAAAGUUCACGACACACCGAAAUAUUGUUAACGAAAUGACGAAUGAUAUCUGGACAUGUAGACAACGAUAUCUGGCGCGCAAGUUUUUUUAUCGUUGGCGCACAAUCACGUUGGAAUCAAAAAUAUUCUCGAAGGACGAAAAAAAAUCCAAGAACGUGGAUAUGAAGAGGAAACACGUCCUCAACAUGGCAAUCUGGUUAACGGACUGUCAAAGAUUCGCGCAGAAUUACAAUUUUCCAUUAAACUCAUUCGCAUGCGAAUUUCUUUUGAAGGCACGUUAUAGAGAGGAUCGCGAAAACUUUUUCAUCAGUCUCAAGUUGGAACCACCGAAAACAACUUGAACGGUACAUAUUGAAAGAUUUGACUUUAAUAAUGAUUGAAAUAUGUAACUUUGCCAUGUAUCAGAUACAGUUACAGCAAUUAUUUUAUUAUUUCGAACGUGAUAAAGUAAGAGAAAUACACUAGCCAACAGUUAAUUGUUAUUAAUCUAGUUACAAAUAUUUUUUUUAAAUAUAACGACUUUUGGAUCAUUCAGUAUUAUAUACGAUUUAUUCAGAAGCACCUUUUACCCCAAGAAAUGUUGUAUCUCUACACACUCUUUGUAUGAUUAUUAUUGCUAUAACACUUUAAUAAAAAUAUGCCUU